AUGCAAAUAUCCAACCCAAAACAACAAAUAACUCCAGAAUUGGCAUAUGAAAGACGUUUCUUUUUUGAAAGGCUUGUAAUGUUAAAUGAACAACAUGGGGAAGUUUUGAGUGGUCCACCACAAGUUUCUAAAUCACCAGUGGAUUUAUACUCGCUUUAUUAUGCUGUUAAAUUACGUGGAGGAUUUGAGAAGACAAUUCGCGACAAAAUUUGGAAAAAUUUAUGUGUUGAUGCAAAUACUGAAAUGCAACAAUCAUCAGCAGCAGGCUUUCAACUACGCAAGCAUUAUCAAAAAUAUUUAUUAAGAUUGGAGUGCCUUGAAACUGGCCAAAAUAUAAAAGAAUUGGUUGAAUUUGCUGAAAAACAGAAAAAGAAGAAAAAAGAAAAAGAAAUUAUUCCCCCAACAGCAGCAACGCCGAUACCUACAGCUGGGGGUCCUGGUACUCCUUCAUCAAGUACUUCAUCUUCUAUAGCUGGGAAAGAGGAACAACAGCAACAAAUUAAAGGAGAACAACAACAACCACAAAGACCUUCUCCAUUUGGAGGUGUUGUUAAUGCUUAUCCUCCAACACAAGGUUCUUUUAUAGAAAAAAUUUUUUUUGAUUGGGUAUCCUAACUUUUUACUAGAGGGAAGAGAUAAGUAUUAUUUAAUCACUCGGACAUCAUUAAAAAAGGUUCGACUGAUUAUUAAAAAGAAGAGAGAG